AUGCCAAAUAACAUCCAAUUGUAUCAUUACGGAAAUAAAGUCGUCAGCAGGGCUUUGGUUCCUAAAGACAAGAAACACUGGUCUGUCACAUGGAAAGACUACUCCCCUGUAGCUGUCAAUGUCGACUUUGAAAAUAAACUCUGGGCUGAUCCGCAAAUUAGUGAUUCUAAUUUUAAGCCUGCGUGGAAUCAACUUGACGGAAAAGUAGACCGGAGAAGCCAUACCGGAAAAUAUUUGCUUGACAACAAUGGGUAUCCUUUGAACCCAACUGGAAGAACCGGAAUUAAUUUACGAGGAGUCCUUGGACGGUGGGGUCCAAACCAUGCAGCUGAUCCUAUUGUCACACGAUGGAAAAAAGACGCAAACAAGGCUCAAAUGUUUCAUCCAAUUUCCAAGUUGCCAAUUUUGCAGUUUAUCGCAAUUUUGCGCUCUGAUGUAAACGAGUGGGCCAUACCUGGAGGUAUGGUUGAUGCUGGCGAGCAAGUGUCGGCUACCUUAAAGAGAGAGUUUUGCGAAGAAAGCCUCAACAUGCUUGAGAUGAGCCCUGAUCAACGGAAAGCUUUGCAGCAACAGUUAAAGUCCUUUUUCAACGAGGAAAAUGGUAAGCCUAUUUACAGUGGAUACGUCGAAGAUCCUCGCAAUACUGAUAACGCAUGGAUGGAAACGGUGGCUGUCGAAUUUCACGACCAGAAUGACAUUUUCGACAAGAUAACACUCAACGCCGGAGAUGAUGCCAAAGGAGUGCGCUGGGUUGAUAUUGACCGAACACUAAAUCUCUAUGCAAAUCACCUAAAGUUUAUUGAGAUGACUGUAAAUAUCAGAAAUGGACAUUGGUGA